GAAGAAGAAGGAAGGGAGGAAGAGGAGCAGCUGUUUGUUACUUUGACCUGUUGUUGUUGUUGUUUUCUUCCUCUCCGUUUCUCUCUCCGGUACAGACCCGUGGCGUCUCCAUGGCGACCCGCCGGAUGUUGGAGGUGUACCUGGACCUGUUGUCGCAGCCGUGCCGCGCGGUGCACAUCCUGCUCAACACCACCAACAUCCCGCACACCGUCCGCACUGUGGCUCUGCGGAGAGGAGAGAACAGGACUCCAGAGUUCACCAAACUGAACCCGAUGCAAAAAGUUCCUGUGAUGGUGGACAACGACUUCGUCCUUACUGAGAGUGACGCCAUCCUGAAGUACCUGGCCACCAAACACAAUGUCCCGGAGCACUGGUAUCCACGGCAACCAGAGAGACGAGCCAGAGUGGACGAGUACACGGCGUGGCAUCACACCAACACACGACCACACGCCGCCAAAGUGUUUAUACUGGAGGUGCUCCUCCCGGCUCAGAGCGGCUCUCAGGUGGACGAGGGGCGUCUGGCUCGUGCUCUGUCUCAGCUGGACGACACUCUGGAUAAACUGGAGACCAUGUUCCUCCGCAGACAGCCCUUCCUGUGUGGUGAUGACAUCACUGUAGCCGACCUGCUCGCCAUCUGUGAGCUCAUGCAGCCUCUGGGAGGGGGCAGAGACGUCCUGCAGCAGCGUCCACAGCUGCAGCGCUGGAAGAGCAGAGUCCAGUCGGCCGUCGGCGAGUCGUUCGACCGUGCUCACGCCGUGCUGUACAGCAUCAGAGACCGUCGCAAAGCCAAGCUGUGAUGUCACAUGGAGGAGGGGCGGGAGGAGUCAAUCAUUCAGUCAUUUGAUGAUGAUGAUGAUGAUGAUGAUGAUGAAGAGGACAGGUGUGUCUGAUCAGUUCAGUCUAUGUGAAGUUUUUCUGUUUUCAUUAAACCUUAAAUCAAUAAUUACAAAUAUCAGCUGACAGGAAAACAUGACGGUCACAUGAUCCACGUCUUCAGUUUGAUUCAUAACUUUAUUUAAACAAAUAAAAACAAACAAAUGGCUUCAGUCAAACUUGUGAUUGUAAAUAAAAUGUCUCAGAAUCAGCUGACAGGUUCAAUAAUUUUAUGAAUGAUAAUAAAUGUAACAAAUAAAGUUUAUUUUCACGUUG